ACAGCUCAGAGGAAUUAUUUCUGCAAGCAGAUAAAUUUGAACAUGAUGAUCAAAAUACAACACAAGAUUCAAGUAGUGCAGUGACAUAUUUGUGUAUUUUUGAUCAGAGUGGAAAAGAUUUUCAUAAGAAAAAUUUAACCAUUCUUGAACAAAAGGCUAUUUAUAGAAAAUUGCAUAGUAUAUAUAAGAAAGCUCUUAACAAGGCAUUACAAGAUAAUUUAAAAUCACAGCAGCUUACUAAUUUACUUCAAGAAUUUGUUAAAAAUAUUAGUGAGCAGUCAGAUUCAGGUGAAAGUUUACAAGCUGAUGAUACUAAUGAUAAAAAUUUUAUAACACCUCAACUAAAAAAUUCAAAAAAAUAUCAUGAAAAAAGAUGA